CAUCGCUAGAAGAACGGAUUUUCGGACAGGCUUUGUUUGUGUAUGAGCUCCAUCACCUCCUCCAGAAAUGUGGACGGAUAUAAGGAAACUACUGAUCUUUCAUUUGUUUGUCCUAAAACACUGCUCAAAAGGAACAGAGGCAGAAGAGUGUGAGGAAGGCCAGUUUCAGUGCAAUAACAGAAGGUGUAUACCGACCAUAUGGAGGUGCGAUGACGAUGACGACUGCUCAGACAACAGCGACGAGGAAAACUGUGCCAGGAAGACGUGUGCCCCGGCAGAGUUUGCCUGUGCUAACGGCCAGUGUGUACCAGGCCGCUGGCGCUGUGACGGGGAACCAGAGUGUCCCGACGGCUCGGAUGAGGCAGACGCCACCUGCAGCAAGCAGACGUGUCCUUCGGAGAAGUUUGACUGCGGCGGCUCCACCAACAAGUGUGUCUCGUUGUCGUGGCGAUGCGAUGGCGAGCGGGACUGCGAGAACGGGGCGGACGAGGAGGACUGCGCCACCGGAAACAAAGCCUGCCCGAAAAGCCAGUUCCAGUGUGCCAACCGCAAGUGCCUGGCACCUGUCUUCGUGUGUGACGGCGAUGACGACUGCGGCGACGGCUCCGACGAACUCAAAUGCUCCGACCGCCACUCGCCGACGAACACCUGCAGCCCGCACGAGUUCCGCUGCAACACCUCGGAGUGCGUGCCCGUCGUGUGGAGCUGUGACGGCGACCCCGACUGCCCCGACGGCUCUGACGAGUGGCCGGAGCGUUGCGGCGGUGAAGGUUCACAUCCACGCCGCAGGGUGAACUGUACGGUGGAGGAGUUUCGGUGCGCCAACGGGGAGUGUGUGAGACUGCCGUGGAAAUGUGACGGCGAUCCAGACUGCAAGGAUAAGUCAGACGAGGCAGAAUGCCCCCUACUGACGUGCAGGCCAGAUGAGUUCCAGUGUGGGGAUGGCUCCUGUAUCCACGGCACCAAGCAGUGUAACAAGGUCCAUGACUGUCCUGACCAGAGUGAUGAGGCUGGCUGUGUCAACGCCACUAAGUGUGAGGGUCCCUUGAAGUUCCUGUGUAAGAACGGAGAGUGUAUCGACAGCGCCAAGGUGUGUGACAAUGUCAAGGACUGCAAGGACCGCUCUGAUGAGCCCAAGAAGGAGUGUGGGCUCAACGAGUGCUCACUCAACAACGGCGGCUGUUCUCACAUCUGCCAGGAUCGACCAAUUGGCUACGAGUGCCAGUGUCCCACCGGGUACAAGCUACUGGACAAGAGGACGUGUGGAGACAUUGAUGAGUGUGAGAACCCCAACGCCUGCAGCCAGAUCUGCAUCAACUACAAGGGAGACUUCAAGUGUGAAUGUUACCAAGGCUAUGAGAUGGACCCCGUCACCAAGACAUGUAAAGCAGAAGGGAAGUCUCCCUACCUGCUGUUCACCAACCGUCAGGAGAUCCGUCGGGUAGACCCGGUGAAGAGGGACUACCGCCAGGUGCUUGCCACCCAGAAGAAUGCUGUGGCGCUGGACGUAGACGUGGCUAAUAACCGUCUGUUCUGGUGCGACCGCUUCCACCGUAACAUCUACAGUGCUCUGAUCCCAGAGGCGGGCGACCCGUCCCAGCAGGUGACCCUGGUGGACUCUGGCUCUCUCCUCUCCCCUGAGGGCCUGGCCCUGGACUGGGUCCAACACAACCUCUACUGGACCGACUCGGGCCACAAGACCGUCUCGGUGGCCUCGGCCUACGACGGCCUCAAGAGGAGGGUCCUGGUCGACACGGAGCUCAGCGAGCCCAGAGCCAUAGCGCUGGAUCCACAGCAUGGGUUCAUGUACUGGACUGACUGGGGCACCCGGGCCAAGAUAGAGAAGGCAGGGAUGAACGGGGUGGACCGACAAGUCCUGGUGUCAGACAACAUUGAGUGGCCCAACGGCAUCACCCUGGACGUAGCCAACAGGCGUCUUUACUGGGUCGACUCCAAGCUGCACCUGAUCUCCAGUGUGGACUUGAACGGAGCUCAUCGCAGGACACACCUGUCCUCCUCAGAGAGACUGGGACACCCCUACGCACUGGCCGUGUUCGAGGACCGUAUCUACUGGACAGACCGGGAGAGAGAGGCGGUGUACAGCGCUAACAGGCUAACGGGCCAGGACAUCAGCACAGUGGCCGAGCACCUCAAAGACCCUCACGACAUAGUGGUCUUCCACCCGCUCCGCCAGCAACCAGGCCCAGACAGCUGUAACCUGGGCAGUGAGGACAACGGUGGCUGUGAGUACCUGUGUCUCAAAGCCCCCCAGAUCACAGAGCACUCCCCCAAAUACACCUGCGCCUGCCCCACAGGACAGGACCUGGGCCCCGAAAUGCGUGCCUGCAUGCCAGCAAAUGAGACCACUACCACAUCAUCACCUGUGGCCAUCACCACGGCCGCCAACGACAAGGUCUCCCCUCGCACUUCUGGGUUGUCCCAGGCAGACGCCGGGGUGCCCUACCUCAUCCCAGCCCCCUCCAGCACCCCAGAGCCCCCCCCUAGCUCAAAACCUGGGGUGGAGGAGAAGGAAGGCCGUGGUUUGGAUCCCACUGCUGACAGUGGGAUCCUGGUCACCUCCACCACAGUAGGCUUUGUCGUCAAGGAGGACAGCAACCUCUCCCACCACUCUGGAAGUGAGCAUUUCCUCCUGGGUGAGAACCUGACAGUGGCAGUUCUGGGGGUAGUGAUCCCCAUAGUUCCUAUUGUUGCCACAGUGAUCUUCGGCCUGCUCUGCACCGGCGUCUACCUGGUUUGGCGGAACUAUCGCCAGAACGCCACCAAGAGCAUGAAUUUCGACAACCCUGUCUACCGCAAGACCACAGGCGAGGGCGAGGAGGACGAGAUUCACAUCGGCCGGACGGAUGGCAUCAUGGGCGGCCACCACGGGCACCACCCGUACCCAGCCGGAGUGGGGUGUGGCGUAGUCGGCGGGGGCGGAAAUACAUGCCCACAGUUCAUUGCGCUGCCACUAGGUGGCAGUAUGCCUGAUCCGGGGACUCAUUGGUACACGGAGCAGCCUAUGCUGUCUACUACGGCGAAAUGAGUAUGGAGACAAGACAAGAUGGCCGCUCAGGAGGUUAAUUUUCAAGAUGGCCACCGCUCAGGCACAUGCACACACAGUACUGAGGUUACAGGUCACUCAAGCUGACUGACUUGUUGAAUGGAUGGACAUAUGAUGUUAUGAUAUCAUCACAUCCAGCCAUUAAAGUCCAUGAUGUGCCAGUUCAUUACACAGGAUCGACAGUUUUACACUUUCUACGUUUUUAAAUGUGAUGUCAGAGUUUGGGUGGGUUCCAAUUGAAUUCCUGUCAAUUUAGAAAAUUGUUAAGAAUUCAGUUCAUGAAUUCUCUACGUAUCAAUUGAAUUUAGAUACAUUUCCUCACUGGACUUGAAAAGGAGUCAACUCCAAUUCUGUAUGUUUUUCAUCCACUUUUGAUCAAUCUAAGCAGUAUUGAGCUGUGUUAUAUGUCUCACGUUUAAGGGCGAGAGGAGUUACAAAAUAUUAUUUUAAUCCUUGACGUUUUAAAUUUAGACUCUCCAUUUUAUUUCCCUGGUGGAACCUCAAUUUUCUGGAGAGACUUUUUAGGAGGAGGUUUAAACCACGGCAGCACCUUAGUAGAUUGGACAAUCUGUACGGUUUUAAGAUAUUAAUUUAACAUGUUUUAUUGCUCACCUCAUUAUUACUAAAGAUGUCAUAGUUUUAGUUAUUCUGGUCGGGGCAUUUGUCUUGGAGUGGAUUGAAAGGUUUAAGAGAGAGUGUGUGGGCUUGGGCAUUUGUGUGUGGAUUUACGUGUGUGUGUAAACCUGUGUGUGUACUUUCUCUCGCCAUUGGAGAGGAGUUUUGCAUCCUUGUUGAUAUCCUGUGAAGUACAGUUGAGCCGUGGCAGAAACCUCUUUGAUGUUUUCUUUAUUGAACCACAAAGGCUAUCAGAAGGCAAGCAGGGAAUAGGAGGGUCAAGGAGAGAUUUUGGUGGGAUCCAAGAAAAAACUGAAGGCUUAGCGAGAGAAGCCUUUGUAGUUAUUAAGGGUGGCCUGGAUUUAUAGGCCCAGUGAAAAUAUGUCUAAUUACCAGCUAAUGGCCAAGGGUAUCUGUGUUAGGCAGGAUAAUGACAACAGAGUUGGCUGAAGCAGAAAUAGCCAGCUUUCUGGCUAGCAUGCUGUUUAUCAAGGCUAAAGCAGAAAUAACUAGCUUUCUGGCUAGCAUGCUGUUUAUCAAGGCUAAAGCAGAAAUAACUAGCUUUCUAGCUAGCAUGCUGAUUAUCAAGGCUAAAGCAGAAAUAACUAGCUUUCUGGCUAGCAUGCUGUUUAUCAAGGCUAAAGCAGAAAUAACUAGCUUUCUGGCUAGCAUGCUGUUUAUCAAGGCUAAAGCAGAAAUAACUAGCUUUCUGGCUAGCAUGCUGAUUAUCAAGGCUAAAGCAGAAAUAACUAGCUUUCUGGCUAGCAUGCUGUUUAUCAAGGCUAAAGCAGAAAUAGCCAGCUUUCUGGCUAGCAUGCUGUUUAUCAAGGCUAAAGCAGAAAUAACUAGCUUUCUGGCUAGCAUGCUGUUUAUCAAGGCUAAAGCAGAAAUAACUAGCUUUCUGGCUAGCAGGCUGUUUAUAUAAAGGCUAAAGCAGAAAUAGCUAGCUUUCUGGCUAACAGGCUGUUUAUCAAGGUUAAAGCAGAAAUAGCUAGCUUUCUGGGUAGCA